AUGGUACCGCUACCUCUCUUCAAGCUCGCCGCGCUCUUUGUGCGUCACGUAUCAAAGUAUGGCGCCAACCAAAUAAAAGCGCAAGCCCACGAGCACCCCAAGUUCCGUGCCUUUGCCGCCCGCUACGGCCAGUCAAUCCACCAGCUCAAUAUGCGCCUCAACGUCGCCCUGCUCCGCAACCCGAACGCCGAGCAGCGCGCAAAGGAGAAAGCGGAGGCUCCGACGGUCAAGACGAAAGAGCAGGUCGAGAAAGAAGAGGUGGCCAAAGCCCGUCAGGCCAAGCUCGAAGCCGAGAACCCCGAUGCUGCAAAACGUAAACCCCUCGCCCCCCCGACAUCGUCAUCAGGAACCUCCGCGUCCUCGUCCUCCUCUUCAACUUCGAUAAGCGAUAGCAGCAGCACUGGUAGCUCGGCGAAAGAAAAGCCCAGGAGCGUCUGGCGCCGCAAGUUCCGCCCCCUCCCCGAGAAUAAGGCCGUCGACCUCUUCGCCGACGUCAUCGGCGACGCCUUCAUCCUCGGCGUCGCGAGCGCCAUCAUCGUCUACGAGUACUGGAAGGCCUCGCAGAAGCCCGACCAGAACGCCGAGCGUAUCCGUAUACUCGACGAGAAGCUCGAGGAGCUGACGCGCCGCGAGCGCGAGCUGGCCCAGCGUGAGGAGGAGCGCUCCGAGCGGUACCUCGCCAUGGAGGCUGCGCUACGCGAGUUGAGAGACCCUAAGACGAAAAAACCGUUACUGCCAAGCCUGCAGCUGCCGACUCAGACGCAGACGCAGACCCCUACACCGACGGCGGCAUGA